GAGGAGGGUUUCCGGCUCCGCGCGAGGCGGCCGCGGCUGUUGGAGAGAGCGCGGCCCGGCCGCGCGGGCGGUGGCUGCGCCUGCCGGGCGGUGGAGAGGCCGCGGCCGCCAUGGGCGCUCCGGUGAGGCGGGGCUGAGCCCCCCGGACCCCUUUCCCUGCCCUGGGCCUGCCCGGGCCUCUGCCGCUCGGAAGCGGGUGACUGAGCGCGGCGGCUUUCUUGGCGUGCGGGCCUGCGCCCCGCUUCCUCCUCGCGUCCCGGCCCUUUUCCCUCCCCUUCCCGCACCCGGGCCGGCCCCGCUCUCUCUCCAUCGCCGGGGGUAACUGCAACCGGCGAGGUACCGGCGUUUCCCCGCUCGGGGGCCUCCCCGGUGCUCGGGCUUUCCUUUCUCUCGCCGUCCCCCGCUCCAACCCAGCGCCCCGUGUCUGCUCCCGGUGCUCCAUGUCGGCCCAGCUGCCCUGCUGCCCGCUGCAGGAUGGAUGCAUACGCUGACCGGGGAUCCACCCCGCCGGCCCAGCCUCCCAGCUCCGCCGAGAGGAGCCCUUGGGACCCUCCUCUGUUGCAGCUGCAACGGCAGCCGCGGCCGGGCGCGCUCCCCGCUCAGUGACCGGCCCUUCUCUCGCCUCCCGCCGCCGCCUCGCCACAGCCGCGCUCCCCCGGGGCACCAUGUCGGGGGACGCCGCCGGCAGCGGCCCCCCGAGCCCGCGCUUCCUGGUGCCGCCGCCGCCGCCGCCCAAGAACGGUUCCAGCUCGGACAGCUCCGUCGGAGACAAGCUGGGAGCCGCCGAGCACGGAGCCUCCGGCGCCGGCGGAGCGGGCGGCGGAGCGGGGAACGGAGGCCGCAGCGAGGAGUACCGGCGCCGCCGCCACACCAUGGACAAGGACAGCCGAGGGGCGGCAGCCACUGAGCACCGCUUCUUCCGCCGGAGUGUGAUCUGCGACUCCAACGCCACGGCCUUGGAGCUGCCCAGCUUGCAGCCCGCAGCGCCCUCGGCCCCCGUCUCGGGAGGCAGCGCGGCUCCCUCGGUGUUCCCUCCCUCGGGUGCCGGCCGGACCCCUUACGCCCCUGUCAACGUCGCCGAGGCCGACUCGCGGCCGCCGCCGCCCGCCCCGCUCCCCCUGGAAGGACAGGCUGCCGAGGAGCCCCCAGCCGCCAAGGAUGCCGCCCCGCUGCUGCCCAAGGAGGAGGAGGAGGGGGAUGAGGCAACUGCGCUACCCCCUACCAGUGUCGCUGGCAGCCUGUCAGCUGCCAGCCGGGAAUUUGAGGAGCGGAGAACGCAGCAGGAAGACAUUGAAGAGCUUGAGACCAAGGCGGUGGGCAUCUCCCCGGAUGGCCGCUUCCUGAAGUUUGACAUCGAGAUUGGAAGAGGCUCUUUCAAAACUGUGUAUAAAGGACUGGAUACUGAAACCACUGUGGAAGUUGCCUGGUGCGAGCUACAGGAUCGGAAGCUGUCCAAGUCAGAGCGACAAAGAUUUAAAGAGGAAGCUGGGAUGCUGAAAGGGCUUCAGCAUCCCAAUAUUGUCAGGUUCUAUGAUUCCUGGGAGUCUACAGUCAAAGGAAAAAAGUGUAUUGUUCUUGUGACGGAACUCAUGACGUCUGGAACAUUAAAAACGUAUUUGAAAAGAUUUAAAGUGAUGAAAAUUAAAGUACUGCGAAGCUGGUGCCGUCAGAUACUGAAAGGCUUACAAUUUCUGCACACACGUACUCCUCCCAUCAUUCAUAGAGACUUAAAAUGUGACAACAUCUUCAUUACUGGCCCCACUGGAUCAGUCAAGAUUGGAGACCUUGGUCUGGCAACCCUGAAACGAGCUUCUUUUGCCAAAAGUGUGAUAGGUACCCCAGAGUUCAUGGCUCCUGAGAUGUAUGAGGAGAAAUAUGAUGAGUCCGUUGAUGUAUAUGCUUUUGGGAUGUGUAUGCUAGAGAUGGCCACGUCUGAGUAUCCUUAUUCCGAGUGCCAAAAUGCUGCGCAGAUCUACCGCCGAGUGACCAGCGGUGUCAAGCCAGCCAGCUUUGAUAAAGUAGCAAUCCCUGAAGUGAAGGAGAUUAUUGAGGGAUGCAUUCGGCAAAACAAAGGUGAAAGAUAUGCUAUUAAGGACCUUUUGAAUCAUGCUUUCUUCCAAGAAGAGACUGGAGUACGGGUAGAACUUGCAGAGGAAGAUGAUGGAGAAAAAAUUGCCAUUAAACUCUGGCUCCGAAUUGAAGACAUCAAAAAGCUCAAGGGCAAAUAUAAAGAUAAUGAGGCAAUAGAGUUUUCAUUUGAUUUGGAAAGAGAUGUCCCAGAGGAUGUGGCACAGGAAAUGGUGGAGUCUGGCUAUGUCUGUGAAGGGGAUCACAAGACAAUGGCGAAGGCUAUCAAGGACAGGGUAUCUUUGAUUAAGCGCAAGCGAGAGCAGCGCCAGUCGGUGCAAGAAGAACAGGAGAACAUACUUCAGGAAGAAGGUAGUCAGAAGCAGCAGCUGGAGCAGCAGCAGCCAUCAAGUGCUUCCCAAGCAGGGUCAAAGCAUCCCCAGUCUGUCACUGGUACUACUGCUGUCCCUACUGCUUCAGCAUCAGUUUCUACACAAGUGGAGCCUGAAGAGCCAGAAGCUGAUCAACACCAACAGCUGCAGUUCCAGCAACCCAGUAUAUCUGUUCUUUCUGAUGGAACAGUUGACAGUGGCCAGGGGUCAUCUGUGUACACUGAAUCUGUGAGCAGUCAGCAGACUGUGUCCUAUGGUUCCCAGCAUGACCAGUCAGUCUCAAGCACUGGAGUCCAGGGAUACCCAGCUUCAGUUGGCCAAGUGCAGUCCCAGCAGCAUGGAGGUUAUCAGCCACCUGCAGCGCCUCAGCAUCCUCGUGGGGGAACACCACCGUUCCCAGAUUCACAGAUAUUUUUCCCAACCGUUCAUGAACGGCCGGUGUCUUUCUCACCACCACCUGUCUGCCCGCCGAAGGUGGCAAUUGCUCAGCGGCGCAAGAGCACUUCAUUUUUGGAAGCCCAAACUUGCCACUUCCAGCCAUUGCUGAAGACUGGCCAGAGUUUAGUUCCACCUGGUGGUAGUCCCACCAAUUGGACUCCAGAGGCAUUUGUUAUGCUGGGCACAGCAGCUCAGAGAGUCGCUGGAGAGCCUCUGCAUGUGCAAGUUAAUCCCGUGUUUGAGCAAGCUCCUGUCCACAGUGACUAUAGAUCUGGACCAACACCUCCAGAGGAUGCUCACUACAGGAUGCAUCCAGAAGCUGUGUAUUUGGUGGGCAUGCACUAUCCAUCACAGACACAGGUGCAAGGCCAGCCAGCCUCAAGCAAUGCUGCGGUGCCAUCCCAGCCUACUCAACACACUCAGCAGAGUGCACAGCAGCCAGCCUCUUCCCAACAGCCUGGACAAUACCAGCUGCAGCAGCCCUCAGUUUCUGCCAGCACCACUCCUGCACAAACUGUCUCUCAAACUCAAACUUCACAGAUCAUGCCAAUGCCUCAGGCAGCACCUGGGACACAGCUUCCUGUUUCCCAACCAGUGUCGAUCAUCCAAGGCGAGCCUCAAUUACCUGUUGCAGCAUCUUCUCUCCCUCAGCCUUCAGUUGCCCCAUCAGUCCCCAUUGGCUCUCAUUUUCUACCCAUGGGACAGGCCUUGCCAACUUCCGUGGUUCCCCAGUUCCCAGUGUCUCAGUUGCCUGUAGCAGCUCCUCAUGUGACAGUGGCUCAGCCAGGUUUCCAGUCGCUGCCCAUUUCAAUGGCAGCUGGCAUGAAUCAGCCACUGCUCACACUGGCCACGUCUGCUGCGGCAGCCGCUGUUCCUGUAGGACCGAGCGUUGUCCCUAGCCAGCUUCCCACACUGAUGCAGCCUUUGGCUCAGCUGCCCAGCCAGGUUCUCCCGCAGCUCCUGCAGCCGCCUGUCCAGGCCGUGGGAUUGCCAGUCAGCAUUGGACAAGCUGCUGAAGCUUCACUUCCUGCUGGAGAUGCUCUUUACCAGGGCUUCCCAUCUCGGCUGACACCGCAAUACCCGGGGGACUCCAACGUUCCACCUUCCUCGGCUGUGGCCUCUGCCAGUAUUCCUUCUGCUGUGCUGUCCCCUCCCUUGCCCACAGAUGCAGUGGCCCAGUCAGGGUACCUUGCUCCUGUUGUGCAGCCAUAUGGGGAACAGAAUGUUAUCGUUUCCAUGGGCAGCCUGGGAGGACAGGUUCAGGUGCCCCAGCCUCCUGUGAGUUUAGCACAACAGGCCUCAUCUGCCUCCUCACAGCAGGCAGUUGUGGAGGGUACUCAGGGAGUCUCACAGACUGCUUCUUCAGAGACUCUUCCAGCAACGCAGCCUGCUCAGUCUACCCCUUUGGCCUCUUCUAUGGAUAGUGCACAUUCUGAUGUUGCUUCAGGAUUGAGUGAUGGCAACGAGAAUGUCCCAGCUUCCAGUGGAAGGCACGAAGGGAGGACAACGAAACGUCACAUGCGGAGGUCUGUCCGCAGCCGCUCUCGCCAUGAGAAGACUUCUAGGCCGAAACUGAGAAUUCUAAAUGUUUCGAACAAAGGUGAUCGGGUAGUGGAAUGCCAGCUGGAGACACACAAUCGGAAAAUGGUUACUUUCAAAUUUGAUUUGGAUGGUGAUAACCCUGAGGAAAUAGCUACAAUUAUGGUGCAGAAUGAGUUUAUUUUAGCAACAGAGCGAGACUCAUUUGUAGAACAGGUACGAGAGAUUAUUGAGAAAGCAGAUGAAAUGCUAAGUGAGGAUGCAAGCGUGGAGCCAGAAGGGGAUCAGGGGUUGGAGAGUAUGAGGACAAAAGAUGACGGCUUCUUCCCGGGGUCACAGAAAUUAGAGUUCAAACAGCCAGAUCCUACAUCUUCCAUGCCACAAAGAAUAGGGGUUCCCUCUAGCUCCUUUACCCAGGUUGUUCAUUCUGCCGGAAGACGGUUCAUUGUCAGCCCCGUCCCUGAGAACCGAUUGAAAGAACAGGGCUUCUUCACAUCUGCUCUUGCUGGAGGAAACGAAACUUCAGAUAUGGUUGCAGCAUCUCCUGUACAUGGUCCUGGAAUGAAUCUCUCCCACUCAGCAUCAUCACUGAGCUUGCAGCAAGCUUUCUCUGAGAUGGGGCAUGCUCAGAUGACAGAAGGACCUAGCACAGCUCCUCCAGUGUUCAAUCAAACAAUACCACCAUUUCCACCUGCACUUUCUACCAUGGCGGGCAGUGGUGCAACUCCUGCAUCUGUGGCUACUUCUUCAGUAUCUGUUUCCUCCAGCACUGGUGUUUCUCUUCCAGGAUCUGUUACUUUGCCUUCAGAAAAUGCAGCUGUUGGAGUUGCACCAAGCACAAGUGUGCCAAGCUCUAUUUCUCCACCUCCAGCCUCACAAUCUGGACAGCAAUCGACCGGUGUUUCUUCCAGCAUGAGCGCCUCUGCUUCUUUCUCCUUAUCUGCCACGUCCCAGCCUGCUCAACCAGUGACUGCAGACAUUGCUCCCAGUAUCAGCACACCAUCGUCUUCAGCACUGCCAUCUGCCCAGGUUCCUGGUGUCACUGCUCUCAGUGUUGCUGCACCAGCUGUGACAUCUCAGUCUACUCCUCAGAUUGUGAGUAGUAUGGCAGCACCACAGACAUCUGUUGCCCUGUCUCUGGCUCAGAACAUGCCUUUGCAGCUUCCCCAGCUCAGCAGCAGUGGCUCUGUGUCCAGCCUGGCAGAAACAACAGUUGUAAGCGCUCCACAGUCACUCCCUGAGAGUGGGCACUCUCUGGAUAAAUCACAUUCCUGCAAUGCAGCUGGCUUAUCUCUGCCAAUCUCUGCACCUUUAUCAUCCUCGAUAGCAUCAAGCAUAUGUGGUUCAGUCUCUCAGCCAGUGAUCCAUCCCUUACUUGUUCCAUCAGGAAUUACAUCAACACCUGUCCUACCCCAGAUUUCAGGUGCAACACCCAUGUUGCCCCAGGUUCCUUUACCUGGUGUCUUGCCACAACCAGUCACUAACUUGCCUGCAGUACAGCAGACUUUGAUCCACAGCCAGCCUCAACCAGCUCCAUUGCCCAACCAGCCUCACGUUCACUGUCUGGAGGCUGAUGCUGAUGCUCAGUCUAAAGCCCCUGGUAUUGAUGAUAUAAAGACCCUGGAAGAAAAGCUGCGAUCUCUCUUCAGCGAGCACGGUAACGUAGGAACGGUGCAUCCGUCAGUGUCUCUGGAGACCUCGCUGGUAAUGGAAACGACAGUUGUUCCUGGCAUCCCAACCACUGCUGUGGCACCAAGCAAACCCCUGACAUCCAUUAGCACUUGUAUACCUCCAAGCAGUUUGCCUCUUGGACCAACUGGCUUGCCAGUGCUGACUCCAGUUGCCACUCCUGGGCAAGUGAUCACCCCAGUCAGCUACAUCUCGGCCUCGAGCAGCGUCGCCACAGCAGCAGUGAAAGCAGGGACCUCUCCUUCAAAGCCCCCUCUCAGCAGGGUACCGGUGCUACCCAUAGGUUCUGACCUUCCGGCUGGCACUCCAUCCAGUGAGCAGCUGCCACCUUUUCCUGGACCUUCACUAACUCAGUCCCAACAGCCACUGGAAGAUCUGGAUGCUCAGCUGAGAAGAACCCUUAGUCCAGAGACCAUCCCAGUGACAUCUGCUCCUGCCUGUUCUGUGCCCUCAGUUGCAUCAACAAUGGUUACUGGGCCGGUGUCCACAGCAACACAGUGUCUGAAGGAUGUUUUGGCAGCAGGUGAUGGAGAGAGCGGUGCUGUGUCUGCCGCAGCAGGAGCCAGUGUGCUGAAGAUGGGACGGUUUCAGGUGUCGGUGGCAGUGGAUGAUGUGCUAAAAGAGGAUGACAAACCUGAAACUAAGCCAGUGCAAUUUGAAACCACCUCCACUGAUUCUUCAAGCCUUUCUGGCAGCAGCCCAGAGAGCACGCUGGUGAAGCAGGCUGAGAGCCGGAAGAGCGGAGCUGUGGCUGCCACCUCCUUGGAUGUGGUGGAUGGCAUUCCUGAGGCAGCUCCCGGGCUGCCGCUGCUGGGAGGUGCUUCUCAGGCCACCAAGGUCGGGCGCUUCCAGGUGACGACGACGACGGAUCAAGUGGGGCGCUUCUCUGUGUCGAAGGCGCGGGAUGAGGUCAGCUGUGCUGAGAAAGAGCCAAUGACUCUUCCUCUCUCUGUGGGCUUGGAACAAGUUGCUUCUUCAGCUGCAGCUCCGAAGAAAGAAUUGGAGUCAAGGCAGUCCCCACACAUGAAUGGCCCAUCCUCUGAUCCGGAGGUCGCUUUUCUCAGUGGAAUGGCGAAGGAUUUGGAUGAUGGCUCAGGGAGCCCAGACUCUGUCCAACACCUGGGAUCGAAGAUCAGCCUCCCUGUUCAGAGCCUUAGCAACUCUUUCAACUCUUCCUACAUGAGCAGUGACAACGAGUCAGAUAUUGAAGAUGAAGACUUGAAGUUGGAACUCCGUCGGUUGCGGGAGAAGCACCUUAAAGAGAUCCAGGAGCUGCAGAGCCGCCAGAAGCAGGAGAUUGAGUCACUCUACAUGAAACUGGGAAAGGCUCCACCUGCAGUAAUUAUUCCCCCAGCUGCACCCCUUUCAGGAAGGAGGAGACGACCUACGAAAGGAAAAGGCAGCAAGUCCAGUCGUAGCAGCUCCCAGGGACAUAAAAGCCCUCAGCUAUCAGGUAACCUGUCAGCUCAAAGUGCACCAUCAGUCUUGCCCCCUCAGCAGACCCUUCAUCCUCCUGGCAGUGUGCCAGAGACUGGGCAGAACCAUUUGUUGCAGCCCCUCAAACCUUCACCUUCCAGUGAAAAUCUCUACUCUGCCUUCACCAGUGAUGGUGCCCUCUCGGUACCGAGCCUUUCGGCGCCAGGCCAAGGCUGUGCGAAGUUUAACUGUGCAUCUGAGAGAGUGACCUUCAAGCCUGGUGGCAGGAGGACCCGAUUUCUGAGUACGCCCUGCUUGGCUCUUUGGAAGAUGGUGAAAAAAGUCUGUCCUUGCAACCAGCUCUGUAGGACCAGCAGCACCAACACAGUGGGGGCUGCAGUGAGCAGCCAGGCUCCCCAGACCCAGCCCACGGCCAUCGCCUCGAGCCGCAAGGGCACCUUCACAGAUGACCUGCACAAGCUGGUGGAUAACUGGGCUCGGGACGCCAUGAACCUGUCUGGCAAGAAAGUUGGCAAAGGGCACAGCAGCUACGAGGGCCCUGGAAUGGCAAGAAAAUUCUCGGCACCAGGUCAGCUCUGUAUCUCUAUGACAUCUUCCCUGGGUGCUACACCCAUCCCUGCAGCAUCAGCUACCUCUUUAGGUCCCUUCAGCAAGGCCAUGUGCCCCCCGCAACAGUACGGUUACCCAGCAGCGUCCUUCCCCCCGCCCUGGAGCGGGGCAGGGGGGCCAGCACCGCCACAGCUCGGCCAGUUCCAGCCCGUGGGUGCCACGUCUUUGCAAAGCUUCAACAUCAGCAAUUUGCAAAAGUCUGUCAGCAACCCUCCAGGCUCCAACCUGCGGACCACUUAGCUGUGCCCAGAGACCCUGCUGGCUACACCUCGGGACAGGACAUGGGGAGGGAGAUGGGGCCCUGUAUCACUACUAGUGCUGCAAUGAACUGGUAGCUUGCCAGACUGGGAAUGAAUUUCUCUUUUCCAACCAUUGCUGUCAACUCUCUGUAGCGGGAGUUUCCCCACACACUUGGAAGGGGGAGGAGGAUGAUCAGCAUCCUUGUGAUGGGACAGUGCUUUUCACCGAGGGGGGCUGCUCUUGUGUGGAACGAGAGCUGUGAGCAGAAGCCAGGGGAUCAGUUCAUACAGUCUUGCUGUUAAAUAUUUCUGGCUGGGGGCUGAAUCCACACGUGUGGAGGUGGGAGAGCUGAACCCUAGCAUGAGGCUUUAGCAUGCUUCUCGCCUCUUCCUGAAGAACCAAGAUCCAGACAAAGCUGUCCAAAUUCCCCUCCUCUCCCUCUCCCCAGUCAAUAGUAUCUGGCUCUGAAAUGGUGGGGCACACGAAUGGACUUGUGGUGCAGCCCGUGCUUGAUAGGUCAUUACUGCUUUAAGUAAGAUAUUAACAGCUUUGACUGCAGCAUUAGAGCAAUUUAAAUUGUUAAAAAAAAUUUUUAAAGUUCCCUGCGGACAUGUACUUACCAUCAGUUUUGAUGUGGAAACACUGUGAUUAUAUAAAUGUUGUUGGACAACAGUAGUUUAAAAAUGAGUGGAAUAUAGAGGGUUAAAAAAGUUAAAAAGAAAAAAUGGGAAAAAAAGCUAGCUAUAUCCUUAUACUUAUUGGAGACACUUUAACUUUUUCCUUUGUAUUUUCAUUGUAUUAGAUAAAUAAAUGUGAAUGUAAAAUUGUAUAAAUUAAUGUACUUGAAUACUUGUCUGUUCUCCCAGUAUGCUUGCUGGAUAUUUUAGUGCCUUGGACUUCUCUUGCUUCUGCAGUUUAGCGUCGUCUUCCCAGCAGAGCCCAGGUAGGCAGAGGGCGAGGUGAGGGCAGGAUGGUUGUGCCCAGCGCCCGGGACGUUGGAGCAGGAGCGUGGAAGGGAGGUCACCGAGGCUGUGGGUCAGAGCAGUUCUCUGUGUGGGAAAACUUCUCCAGGCGGGCAGAGCUGAAGGUGUGGGGUGACAGGGGCCAGGUGGGCUGGGAUGGAGGGAUGCAGGUGAAGCUACAACGAGACUUAACCAAUAUUGGCUCUGGAGGCAGGAGACUGGGUCAGAAUCGGAGAGAGGAUGGGGAGAACGUGUAUCUUUGGGAAAGGCCCAACUUAAGAUGCAGUUUGACUCCAGCUGUGAAGUGGUAAAGAUGUUUGGUCAGGAUGUGACUUGAGGGAGAAGUGCCAUUGCUCGUUGGCUUGGGCUUGUCUGCUGGGAUUGCUUUUCUUACCUUUUUUUUUGGUAAAAUUCAUUUAAGCCAGGAACAGACUGUCCUGGUGCAACGUCCAUUGCCGGCAAUGGAUGUACUUGAAGCAGCCGGCAUCAAGAAGUUUUCCUCUGUCUUACUUGGAGGAUUUAGAAUUUUGUUCACUUUUAACAAAUUUCAAGCUGGUACCAGGCCUGUCACUGUCUGUCACUUGUCACCUCUUAGUAUCUGUACUGUAUCUUCUGCUUUGGUCAUUCUCCCUUUUUGUGUUUAAGAAAUACUGGUUUCCUCUUCAAAGUCAAAAUAAUACCAGCCAGUAUUUAUGUAGUGCUGCAAGAAGCUGUGGUGGAUGAGGGUGUAGCUUCCUGGUGCUCGGGAUCAGGUCGUCGGUGUCCUGGAGGCUGGUGCAUCACAGGGGUGUUACCUGUCCGUGUUUAUUUUGAUCUCGGAGCGCUGUUCCCUGCUGGGGCCUUAAGAGGGAGUUUUUAUGUCUGCAGAUGUUCUCACGCUUUCAUUUUCACAAAGAAACAGGCGGGAUGCUCUCUGUUCCUGUCCCUUGUUCAGCAGCAGCUCUGGCAGCAGCGGGCGCAGGCUGGAGGGGAGCGGCUCCGGGCCAGGGCCGGGGCGUUCUGCGGGACAGGCGCGGGCUGCAGCUCCGGGAGGACAGGGCAGGCUCAAAGGGGGGGAGCAGGAGAGCAGCGAGCCCAGGGCUGAGGCCAGGUGGGAACCUCUGAAAGGAUGGAUGCAGGGGGGAGGCUCUUGAGCACACCCAGGGAAACAGGAGCGGGGACAGAGCUGAGGCAGCAAUGAGACAAGGGCAAUAUUUGUGGCAGAGGAACUGGUCAGCUGGAUGCAGCACAUGGUUAUUUAAAUUUGAUCUAAUAAGUUUGAGGUCGUUUUUUCACUUAAUGUUAUGCAAGAACUGGUUUUAUUUACCAUUGAUUUUUUUUUUUCUCCCUCCCUCUCCUCCUGUGGAUGAAUAACUGAAGUCUAGAGGAAUAAACUAAUGCUACUGAACUGUUAAAUUAUUUUGUUUAAUAUUACACUUUGAGUAUCUUUUUCCACAUAAAAUCUGUUUCUGAAUUACAAGCGUUUUCUUUACAUUAUUUAACAAUGUACACUGUAAAAAAAUAAAAAUAAAAAAAAAUAAAAUUAAUUGAAACUUUGGGCUUCCCUGGCCAUAGUUAGUUGUGUUUUGCACUGAACCCUUCUCCUAUGACUGUGCCCCAUGCUGCAGUUUGUUACCUUUGUAGAAUAUUGAAUGAAGCCAUUCAAAUAAACCAAACCUGCUUUGGUUGA